AGACGCGGCGGCGGCGGCGCGGAGUCCCUCAGCCUCGGUCAUGUGAUAGUCUCGAAGCGCGAGCUGCGGGGGUCUCGGCGUCUCGGGGACCAUUACAAAACGCAGCCAGGAGAGCGCGUCGCUGCCAUAGCCGCCGCCGCCGCCUCUCCAGCUCAAGACGGGCCCGAGAGAGCGGCGGCAGCUGCGGCGCGGACGGCCGAGCAGCCCCGGCCAGCCUCGCAUCCUCCCGGCAUUCGCAGGCGCCCCCGCCGGCCCGCGGCUUGCGUCCCCCGUCCAGCAAACUUUUUCCCCCAAGCGACCGCCUCCAGCUCUAUCCCCAGCUCCGCUGCGAGCCGCCGGAGAAAAGGGAGACGCAGGCUGCCAGGAUCCGAGCUUCCCUUCCCCUUACCUCACUUCUCCCUUCCAGGAAAACAACUCCAGAGCGCACUGAGGGGCCGGUCGGGAGGCAGCGCUCAGAGCGCUGUGAGUCCGGCAGCCCUCCGCCUCCAGGACAGCGAGCGCCGACUCGGAUUUAAAGGGCCAGAGUCCUAACUGUCCAGUCCCUCCCAGCCCGCUUGGCCUGCGCUUCCCUGGGACCGAGAAAAAGCAAAGACGAGGCCGGAAGGGAACGCAGCCCCUCCCCACUCCUAGUCCGCCAGUUCUCGCGCUCAGCCUCUGGCCACCGGGAGGGUGGCGGUGAAGCUGGCGCGCCCCGCCCGCGACUGUGCGCGCUGGUCGGCGACCGUCGGGGCCAGAAAUUGCGAGCGUCGGAGAGCUAAGUCGGCGCAAGAGAUUAAUCGCGGAGACCCCAGGCAGCUGAGAGAAGGCCGGAGAGAAACGGCGAGAGGGUCUGGGGGGAGAGAAGGUGCGGUGGCGGGGCGGAGUGGGGGUUAGUGGAGACAGCCAGGCCCUGGGAGCGGGGUGCGGAGCGGCGCUGCGGUCCAGUGUGGGCCGGAGGGCGGUGGAGGUGCCGGGGGCGAUGCCGCGGCCGGGAAAGAGUUCGUACAGCGACCAAAAGCCGCCCUACUCGUACAUCUCGCUGACCGCCAUGGCCAUCCAGCACUCGGCCGAGAAGAUGCUGCCGCUGAGCGACAUUUACAAGUUCAUCAUGGAGCGCUUCCCCUACUACCGCGAGCACACGCAGCGUUGGCAGAACAGCCUGCGCCACAACCUCUCCUUCAACGACUGCUUCAUCAAGAUCCCGCGGCGGCCCGACCAGCCCGGCAAGGGCAGCUUCUGGGCGCUGCAUCCCGACUGCGGCGACAUGUUCGAGAACGGCAGCUUCCUGCGGCGCCGCAAGCGUUUCAAGGUGCUACGCGCGGACCACACUCACCUGCACGCGGGAAGCACCAAGGGCGCGCCAGGUGCGGGGCCCGGAGGGCACCUGCACCCCCACCACGCGCACCACCACCACGCUGCCGCGCACCACCACCAUCACCACCACCCGCCCCAGCCGCCACCGCCCCCGCCGCACAUGGUGCAUUAUUUCCACCAGCAGCCGCCUCCGGCUCCGCAGCCGCCGCCGCACCUGCCGCCGCAGCCCCCGCAGCAGCCGCCCCAGCAGCCGCAGCUUCAGCAGCCGUCUCACCCCGGAAAGAUGCAGGAGGCGGCGGCCGUGGCGGCGGCGGCGGCGGCGGCGGCGGCGGCGGCGGUGGGCAGCGUGGGGCGCCUGUCGCAGUUCCCGCCCUACGGGCUGGGCUCGGCCGCCGCCGCUGCCGCCGCCGCCGCCGCGUCCACGUCGGGCUUCAAGCACCCGUUCGCCAUCGAGAACAUCAUCGGCCGGGACUACAAGGGCGUGCUGCAGGCCGGCGGACUGCCCUUGGCGUCCGUCAUGCACCAUCUGGGUUACCCUGUGCCAGGCCAGCUCGGCAACGUCGUCAGCUCCGUGUGGCCGCACGUCGGCGUCAUGGAUUCGGUGGCCGCGGCUGCCGCCGCCGCCGCCGCCGCGGGGGUCCCAGUGGGCCCGGAGUACGGGGCCUUCGGGGUGCCGGUCAAGGCCCUGUGCCACUCGGCAAGCCAGAGCCUGCCUGCGGUGCCCGUGCCCAUCAAGCCGACUCCAGCGCUGCCGCCGGUGACCGCGCUGCCGCCGACGCUCACUGUCCCCGCGGCCGCACAGCAGCCGCCGGCGCCGUCCGCCGUGUGCCCGGCGGUCGCGGCCUUGCCGACCGCCUCUCUGCUGGAGCCCGCCGCCCCGAGUGCGGCCCAGAGCAAGGGCGGCUCCCUGCACUCGGUGCUGGUGCACUCCUAGGGUACCCGGGGGCGGGGGAGACGAACGCGCGGAGACGCCUGGCCCGCGACGGCCAGAGAGGGAGAGGGCGCCCUGGCGAGGCGGGACAGGGCUGACGAGUCCAGCCUUUGUGCGAAAGGAACGUAUUUAAACAGACAACCCCGAAAAGUGGAUUCUCCAGUGGUCUGAAUAAAUAUAACACUUCUGGUGUCUGUGUUUAUACUAUGUUGUACAAUCAGAUUAAUGAAAGCCAAUUUUCAGGUAAGAGUUUCUAUUGUAAUUAAUAUUAUGAAUCAAUAAGUUAUGGGGGGAGGGAGCGAAGGAGGUUGGGGAAGCCUCAUUUGCUGGCAAAUUGGAAAUGGAUUUCGACCCUUAUCCCUGGGAGCCGAAGAUGGUGGAGCUAAGCCUCUCGGGGAGAAAUCCAGCAGAGUGACGCGGAAACAGACCUCGGCCACCAAGUUUCUCUGCGCUGUGUCUUCCCCGGGCAGCCGCCUGUCGUGAGCCUUCAAACAAAACUGCUCUUCACUAAGGAAACCUCGUUUUAUUUAAUAAGGAAAAGAGGGAGCGUUUGAUACCGUGAUUUUCCUGGUCGGUUAAAUGGGCAAAAGGACACGGUAUCGUGAAUAAGGCCACUUUUACGGGGCAGUGGGAACCCCACGAAGGAUCUUGGGAAGCAGUCAAGUUUCUUGGCUCUGACCCGGGGUAGCAGGGAUACCCUGAGCAGAGAAGGAUAGCAGGAACAGCUAAAACAAUUAGUUUGCACAAAAGAGAGUGGCAGCGGCACAAAGAGAAAAGCCCCAGAUUCCAAAAGUAAAGUUCGGGAAACACAACCAAAGAGAGACAAUGAAGGCGACUUUCUACCGGCAAUUCGUUUGUGUAUCGAUCGGAUGAGACCGUUAAGGAGCCCCAAAAUAAUGUGAAUUCCCACGAUCCAUUCCAUUUGGGGAUUUUAAACAAAAAAAAAGAUCACUUGCAUCACGGGAUUUUGUCCCCUAACUCACGAAUGCAAGAAAAGCCUGCCACAUCACCCGACAGUAUUGCUCUUAACGCUUCCAGGAGCGUUUCGUGGCCGUUGCCUUCCAGCCUCCUCCGGACAGAUGCGAGAGGAUGACCCGGGCACCUUUGCGGGAGGCGGUCGAUUUGGUGUUCCGUGUGCCGUUUGGGUGCGUACGUCUUUCAGGCGAAUUCUUCAGUUUCAGUUCGUGAAUGGAUAAGAAACUUGCCCAGCGGCUGUUGCUCCUUCCCCUUUUUGAGCCCCAAGAAUAGCACUUUACUCCAACAAACUUUUGGGAACGAAGGGGGGCGGAUAGGGAGGAGGGGGCUGCCCUUUGCCUCUACGUCACCUCUGGCUUGUGUCCGCGCCGCGUUCGGGUUGUGACUUUGUGCAAGUUCAUGUCUGCCAGUGUUGUACGCGGUGUUCUCCAUUAAAGCUUCUCUCUGGA